AUGAAAUUUGAGGAUCUCUUGCUGGAAAUCGAUGGCUUUGGCAAAUUCCAGAUUUUGAUUCUGUUUAUCCUCUGCCUUCCAAGAAUGAACCUUCCCAUGCAUUUCCUGCUGCACAAUUUUCUUGCUGCUACCCCCUCUCAUCACUGUGCAAUUCCACACCAAGAGGCAUUUGUGAACCUCACCAUGGAGGAAGUUCUGCUCAUCAGCAUCCCCCGGGAGCCCGACGGCACUUUCAAGUCCUGCGAGAUGUUCUCGCAGCCUCAGUUUCACCUGCUGCUCAAUUCCUCUCUGCAACCAGAAAACAACUCCAUCAUCCAGGAGUGCCAGCACGGAUGGGUCUAUGACCACUCGCAGUUCACCUCCACCAUCUCCACGCAGUGGGACCUCGUAUGCGAGCAGCGCGGACUGAACCAGGCGACCGCAACCUUCUUCUUCAUCGGCGUUACGAUGGGGGCCGUGGUAUUCGGAUACCUUUCAGACAGGUUCGGACGGAAAGCCAUGCUCCUGUUGUCGCUCGUGUGCGCCGUCAUAUUUGGGAUGCUGAGUGCCGCCUCCGUCUCCUACAGCAUGCUGGCCAUCACGCGGACCCUCACCGGGGUGGCCCUGAGCGGCGUCUCCCUUAUUGUAUUGCCUUUGGGGAUGGAGUGGGUGGAUGUAGAGCACCGCACCUUCUCCGGGAUCCUGACUAGCAUGUUCUGGAGCAUCGGGAACAUGCUGCUGGCCGCGGUAGCGUACUUGGUGCGGGAAUGGCGCUGGUUAUUAGUGGCCGUAACAGGACCGUGUCUUCUGAGCAUUGUCUGCCUGUGGUGGGUCCCAGAGUCUGCCCGGUGGCUCAUAGCCAACGGCAAAGUGAAACGAGCUCACAGGCAUCUGCUUAGAUGUGCAAGAAUGAACGGAAGGAAAGACUUUGCUGGUGAGGCGUUGGGCAAAGUAAGCAUAGGACAGACUGCCAUCAGGAAUUACACUUACAUCACCUUGUUCAGGACACCAGUCCUGCGGAAGAUCUCGCUGUGUUCUGGGACUCUGUGGUUUGGUGUUGCCUUCUCUUAUUACGGCAUGAGCAUGAACCUAACUGGCUUUGGGCUCAACAUGUAUCUCUCCCAGUUUGUCUUUGGCUUCAUUGAGAUUCCAGCCAAGAUGAUCAUGUACGUGCUGGUGAAUCGAGUUGGACGACGGCAGAGUCAGGCGUGGGCACUCAUCCUGACCGGACUAUGCAUAGGAGCAAACAUCGUCAUUCCCAAGCCCUUCACCCCCUUGCGCUCUGCAGUAGCCAUUAUGGGCAAAGGUUUCUCAGAAGCUGCGUUCACUACCGCCUUCUUGUACACCUGUGAGCUCUACCCCACCGUACUGAGGCAGAAUGGGAUGGGGUACAGCUCCUUCAUGGCACGCCUCGGCGGGGCUUUGGCCCCACUCGUGUUUCUGCUGGAUGAGGUGUGGAGGUCUCUGCCCGAGGUGACGUACUGUGGCGUAGCAGUGUGCUGCGGCUUGGUGGCCUUCCUGCUCCCGGAGACGCUCCACGUGCGUUUGCCUGAAGGCAUCGAGGACAUCGAGAAGACACAAGUGAAAGGGCCGCCACAAAUCGGUGGUCCCAAGGGCAUGCCGCUACAGUCUCUGCUGAAGUGAGGGUCCCCGUGGGACAGCCACUAUGUAGGACUGCAAAACUGAGCCGUGCUCCCACCCGUCAAUAAAAGAGCCUUUACUGUCCACCUAGUCUCUCUCUGCAGGGAAGUGGGGCUGAGGACAUUGGAGGAAGGAGGCGGAUCACGAAACCAGCUGGAGGGAGCUACCCCACUCUGUAGUGUGGCCAGGAGCAAGGAUGCAGAGGUCUAAGAGGAUGUGGAAAUAAAAGCACCCCGUGCUAAGCUCUUCCCAGCCUUUGGCCUUGUUGGACUAGCAGCACCUUUCAGAUCACUGCACAGCCUUCCAGAAACUACAAUGCAUCAGUUUACACACCACAAGAAAUGCAAUGCAGCAAUAAAAAAUACUGAGUGUGAAUCGUACAAAACCAAAUAAUCUCAAAUAAAUCUAACUGGAUGGUGGAUAAACCAUAAACUGUAGCUACAAAUGCUUCUUGAAUUUGGAAAUGGUCUUGACAUUUUUCACACUGAGGCUCAAAGCCAGCAAAAAGCACAUGCAGGAAUCUCACUGAGAUGCUGACAAAUCACUGACAAAUGCUUGCAUUUGUCCCACAUACACAAAGAAGAAUAAAAGCUUUUGCAAAUUAUUUAAA